AUGCAAUCCCCAACAACCCCAACCCGUCCUUCGCGUUCAACCACACUGGGAACUCAAGACGACCUCCUCUCAACCAUUAAUCAUACUCGCCAACUUCGAUCAGCCGUCGCCACACCUCAGAGAUACGGCAAUUUCGUCAAUCCACCUCCACGGGUCUCGCCGAGGAAACGUCAGGGUCAGGUUGGCCGUCGCGAUCCCGCCGGUACGCCUUUGGUGACGGAGAUUACGGCUGGGAAUGGGAGUCGAAAACGAAGAGCUCCUUCGGGUUCUCCUUCUCCUUCUCGUGGACCUCGUUUGAGGCCUCAACAAGUUGGGUUGCGACCUUCACCUUCGAAUUCGGUUCAACAAUCCAUACCUCCGAAUCCGGUCCAACAACCUAUGGAGCUUGGGCCGGCCAUCGAGAUUCAACCGCCUAUCGAAGUGCAAAGACGAAACGGGCUGCGUACGCGGGAUGAGCUGCAAGGUGACGUCGUUGAGGUACCCUUCGAGCGAGUAGACCAGGGUUCUGGGAGUUUGACGGCGAAUACUACUGGGUUUCAGGGGAGAGUCGGAGCGGUGAUCGAGGUCGAUCCGUUUCACCAAGGCCAAGGCAACCAAAAUGACACUCAUCAACCCGGAAUCGAGAGCUGCACACUGCAGAGAUCGAUCAAGCCCAAUGUUUCUAUCCUCGCCAACACCACCUCAACUCCCAUCACUCUUCAAGCACCUCUUGCCGAAGAACCCGAUCUUCCUACCUUCACCAGCUCCACCUCGUCCAUCGUCACUCCUCCCAAAGGCCCGCUCGCUCAGACGAUUCCCCAAUUCACCUACGCCCAGCCUCCCCUCCAACGUCAUCGACCCCGCCGCCCAUUCUGGAUCUACAGGUUGAUCAGCCGACUCCUCCUCUUCUUGUGUCGAGUCUUGAUGAUCACCUCUACCGAGACGGUCGUCGGUAUCUUAUCUAUUUGGUUUUUCAUGCCGAGGUGGAUGUGGGAAGGCGGGAGGGUAUGCGAUCGUCCGCAUGUCGACAUGUCACCAAUUUCGCAUACUCACGGUCAAAAUGAAUUGCGUUUUGUCGGUGACACCGCGCGGAAGCAGAUCGGAACAAAGCGGAACGGUCGAUGCCGCGCCAGCAAGGUCGGCAGCGAGAUUGAUGGAUCGACCUCGACCUCGGAUUUUGAUCAGAAGAAGAAGAAAAGUAUCCCCAUCAAAUAG